CCUAGCAUGCUAAGCUAACUCAUUUCGUAUGCUGCUGGAAGAAGACAUGGGGGCUGUGUUUCACAGCCAUUACUGAUAGUAGCGCCGCAUGAAAUCCAUUUAGAACCAGACUGAAACCUGAGAGUCUCUUUUGUAUUACGCUGCUGGAUCAAGCCUGAACAUGGAGUCGAUGUUGAACAAGCUGAAAAGCACCGUCACUAAAGUGACAGCAGAUGUCACCAGUGCCGUUAUGGGCAACCCGGUGACGCGAGAAUUUGAGGUUGGCCGACAUAUCGCGAGCGGAGGUCCUGGCCUUUGCUGGAGGAUCUAUAAUGGCACCAAGAAGUCUACCAAACAGGAGGUAGCAGUGUUUGUGUUUGAUAAGAAGAUGAUCGACAAGUAUCAGAAGUUUGACAAGGACCAAAUCAUCGAUUCCCUGAAGAAAGGAGUGCAGCAGCUGACCAGACUGCGUCACCCGCGCCUCCUGACCGUGCAGCAUCCUCUGGAAGAGUCACGGGACUGCUUGGCAUUCUGCACAGAGCCAGUGUUCGCCAGUCUGUCCAACGUGCUGGGCCAGUGGGACAACCUGCCCAGCCCCGUGCCCAAAGACAUCAAAGAAUACAAACUCUAUGAUGUGGAGACCAAAUAUGGCUUACUACAGAUCUCGGAGGGUUUGUCGUUUCUUCACAGUGGGGUUAAGAUGGUCCAUGGCAACUUGUGUCCAGAUAAUAUCAUCCUCAAUAAGAGCGGAGCCUGGAAGAUCAUGGGCUUUGACUUCAGCAUAUCCUCAAUUAACCCUUCGGACACUGAGCUGAAGUACACAUGUAAAGAGUGGGAGCCCAACCUUCCACCUCUCUGCCUCCCCAACCCGGAGUACUUGGCCCCUGAAUACAUCCUGUCCGUCAGCUGUGACUCGACCUCCGACAUGUACUCUCUCGGAGUCAUAAUGCACGCCGUUUUCAACGAAGGCAAGCCUGUAAUCCAAGUCAACAAGCACGAUAUUUUUAAGAGUUUCAGCAGGCAGCUGGAUCAGCUGAGCAGCAUGAAUCCAGCACUGCUGAGUAAGAUCCCAGAGGAAGUGCGAGAGCACGUCAAGAUGUUACUCAGCGUCUCGCCGACAGUCCGACCGGAUGCAGACCAGAUGACUAAGAUUCCAUUUUUCGAUGAUGUUGGAGCAGUAACGUUGCAGUACUUUGACACACUCUUUCAACGGGACAACCUGCAGAAAUCUCAGUUCUACAAAGGUUUACCAAAAGUGCUGCCAAAGCUACCAAAGAGAGUUGUGGUGUACCGCAUAUUGCCGGCAUUGACCUCAGAGUUUGUCAACCCAGACAUGGUUCCGUUUGUGCUGCCAAAUGUGCUGCUUAUUGCCGAAGAGUGCACCAAGGAGGAGUACGUUCGCCUCAUCCUGCCUGACCUCACGCCUGUUUUCAAACAGCAGGAGCCUCUCCAGGCUAGUAAUAUGAUCCUGCUAAUCUUCCUGCAAAAGAUGGACCUUCUGCUGACGAAGACACCGCCAGAUGACAUUAAGAACAGCGUGCUUCCCAUGGUCUACAGGGCUGUGGAGGCUUCCUCAGUUCAGAUCCAGGAGCUGUGCCUGAACAUCAUCCCAACGUUUGCCAACCUGAUUGACUAUCCGUCCAUGAAGAAUUCUCUCAUCCCGCGCAUCAAAUCAGCCUGCCUCCAGACGUCCUCUCUCGCUGUGCGAGUGAACUCUCUGGUGUGUCUGGGGAAGAUUCUGGAAUAUCUAGAUAAAUGGUUUGUCAUCGAUGAAAUCCUUCCCUUCCUUCAGCAGAUCCCCUCCAGAGAGCCAGCUGUCCUUAUGGGCGUUUUGGGAAUCUAUAAAUGCACCUUUACCCACAAGAAGCUUGGCAUCCCCAAAGAGCAUCUCGCCACAAAGAGUUUGCCCCACCUCGUCUCUCUUAGUAUCGACAAUAACCUCAACCUAAAUCAGUUUAAUUCUUUUAUGAUGGUAAUCCGGGACAUGCUGAACCGCAUGGAAGCUGAACACAAAACCAAACUGGAGCAGCUGCAUAUCAUGCAAGAGCAGCAGAGGAGUCUAAACAUCACAAAUCCAGGGAAUUCCACAGAAGAAAUUAAAAGCCCACCAAACUCUGGAAACCAGAUUGACGACAUAUUUGGCAGCGCAAGUGUUAAUGGGAAAGAAAAUGGAUCUGCUGCAACACCGUCGCAGCCUAACAGGGUUUCUCUGACUCUGGAGGAGAAACAAAGGUUAGCCAAGGAACAGGAACAGGCAGCUAAACUGAGGAGCCAGCAGCCGUUGGCACCUCAGGCCAUCAAACCUUCGUCCUCCAGCAACUCACAGACUAAAGAUCUGACCAGCAGCCUGCUCAACAGCAUGACGUCUCUAAACAGCCUGUCCAUGGCGAGCUCAGCGCGGCCACCCCCAGUACAAGGCACUACCGUGUCUGCUUUCCCCUCUUCCGGUCCGAUGGUGGGGCCGGUCUCUAACGGUUUCAACCCCAGCAUGGGUUUCCAAUCUGGGGGCAUUGGGAUGGGCAUGCGGCCCUCGGGCCCCGGCCUCUAUGGAGGAAUGGCCUCCACCACCAGCACCCCCAAUUUCGGGACUCUGACGCAGAAUCAAGGACCGUCUGGGCUGACGAACAGACCGGCCAACAUGUCGGCCUUGGACAACCUGUUUACACCCAACAAACCCAAAGUCUCUCUCAACCAAAUAGGUCCCCAGACCGCACCUGGAGGCGGUUCCCCCUGGGCAAGUCAGUUCGGGUCGGCCCAGAACACUCAGACUCCGAUGGCGGUAGGGAUGGGAGGGAUGCCCAGCGGGUUUGGGAUGCAGGCAAACCCUUUUUUCAGCCCACAGAACUUUUCUCAGCCGGGUUCUGCCCCAAGCAUGAACCCAGGCGGAGUGAAACCGAGCGCGUCUGCGAACAAUGACCUGCAGGACUUAUUCGGCUGAAAGGAAAAUGAAAACGAACCCCUGAUGAAGUAUAUUCUUUUAAAGACUGUAGAAUGAGAGCUUUGAAUUUCACAGGUGAUUGUGGAGCACUUUCACAGGUGUUUUUGUACUUUUAAUCUCGUCUAAUUUAACGUCUCGUGCUGACGGUCUGCUGAAAAUGAUACCCGCGCCAACGGUCAGGUGUGGGUUUCACUUCUUUUACGCUUCGGCCUUUCAAUGAUGGGGGUUUCCUACUGUUUUUGUACUUUCCCAGGCAAAUAUAUCGAUUGGGUCAAGUUGAAUUUGAGUUUGGUUCAUUGUUGACUUCCUAAAUGGAGGGAGAGUAUUUUACUUAAAAGAACACGAUUUUUUCAUUUUCAUACCUAGGAAAUGUAGAAAACUUGCUGUGCUCACUUCACAUUUGCUCACUUUCAGGCUUCUGUACUUCCUCUGCCUUUCCAGAAUAUUUUGGGAUUUUGAGGUUCAGGUUAAAGAAUGGUGUGUGAUUUCAUUGGGAGGUAAGCAUGGUUUUAAAAACCACUUAUUUGCAGUUUCACGUUAUAUAUGUUUCUCUAAAGAUAAACUGGACAAUCCUUCUGGGCUUCAUUCUUUUGUAACAUGACCAAAAUGAUCUCCAUUGCUUGUACAUUGGCCUCCAUUUGCUUUCAUCAGCUUCGCAGGUGAAUAACCUGGUUUCUAUUAUUGCAAAGUCUUUCUCCUUUCUGGUUCUGGUUAUAGCGGAGUGGCUGUUACUGCUAUGUUCUUCUAAGGAAUCUCAAUGUUAAAGGUGAUGUGGAAAGUAUGCACUUUUGUUCUUGUGCCUUACAAGGGCACAUGUCUAAAACUAAGCAGCACUCAAUUGUUACACAAGUAGGCAUGGGUCAGGAUAAAAUAUUACUAUAUUAUAUUGAGGAUCAUAUCAUGGUGUUAUACUGUUAACACAAAAAACAAACAUAACAUACUUUAAUAAGUAUGUUAUCACUUAUUAAAACAGGAAAACUAACGAUUCCUAAUGCUGGAAAAGUAACUUAUUAGUUAUAAUAUUACCUUUUUAUAUCUGAGUUUUCAAAACACUUGCCAACAUUUCCAAUUCUCCAUCCUCCAAGUUCUGCUCCAUCUAGUUCACAUAACCUAUAAGAAUCACUAAAAUGCUGUAAAAAUACAAUUCUUUGUUCUUCCUCAAAAUUAUUAGCUAUUGCUUGAGUCUGGAAGCAGUGAGAUGAAUUAACAAAACUAAGAUAGAUUUGGGAACGAUACACUGGAAAACUUUUGCAGUUAUUGAAGUUUUUACAUACCUUGAUAAGAGUAACUGGCCCAUGCCUACACAAAAUUGUUCCAAUGGAUGUGACUUGCUUGGUUGCAUUUCACUGACCACAUCAAUUUAAAAACUGUUUUUCUUUUUAUCAACUAACAUCGGAGAUUUUUUUUUCUAGUGACCAACCAUAUCACAAUCCCCAUACUUCAUGUGCAUUAAUAUGAAAUGUAACUGUGUAGUUAUUUUAUUAUAGAAUGCUCCAUGAGGUCCCUGGCAUCUUUUUUGUUUUUGUGAUUCUGGGUUAAGAGGCCUUAGAUGAGUCGAGUGCAAUAAUCCUUUUCGGUUCUUGAGGGUGAAAAUAGUUUGUCGGAACCAGCUCUCGUUGUGUGUGACCUGCAGUAACUUCACCGUUCUGUCGGAUUUUAUUAAUAACUAGAUAUUAAUGUAAAUUCACUCUGAAUUAAACAUUUUGGGUCUUUUAGAUUCACAUUGAUUCUGCUGAUGAUUGUCAUUUUAUUUAAUGUUUUAAGAUGAACUUCGCUCUUCAGGUUCUGUUCAUUUCCACACUGUUAACGCUUUGCUCUGAUUAACUCGAUUGGUUUAUUGGAGUGUUAUUUCACAUAUUGUAGCAGAACCCCAAAGCUAACUGAAACUAGGUCUUUGAUUAGGCCGUUUGUAAACUACUGCUGUUCUGUGUGUGAAGUGUGAGCCUCGUUUUGUGUCCAGGUGCUGGUUUCUGAAGUGGUUCCAUGAAGAUCUGUACAUAUAUAAAAGCAUACAAUCUAAUAUUCUCAAAUGAUGGUCACUGUUUGUUUGAUAUUUUUUUUGUGAUCACUUUUAUUUGAAGGGGAAACAAUUGUAUUAACCAUUUCUAGAUAAAUUAGAAACGCUUAAGACAUCUUAAUAAAAGUGAAAAGCAAAAAUGAA